AUGCUCGCUGAGCACACGCUCAAGGCUCUGGGGGAGGAUGCCCCAGACUGCGCGGCUCGCAUCAUCGACGCCGUGGCGAAGACAUGCCGGCAGGUCUCGGAGACUCCGGAGCUCAUGCGUGCAGCGUUCACAGACCCUUUGGAGGAGCUGAGGAAGGCAGGACAGGAGCCCCACAUGCAGCUGGCCAGCCGCGCGGAGUACUCGGUCGAGGGAAAGCAGCUGAUGAGCGGCUACGCCACCUUCAAUGGCGAGGUGAGCCUGUUGUAG